UCGCGUCGGCAUUUGAAUUAAACGACGCGCCGAAAAAGUGUUUUGCGUUCCCGGUGUUUUUUUGGAUCAACUUAUCCAUGACUUCGUUUGUUGAAUUGUCAAAAUUAAUAGUGCAACCCCAGUCGGUUGAUUUUUCAGUUGUUAAUCAGAGUUAAAACGGUUCGGUUCGGUCUUGUCUAACGUUUGGUGGAACACAAUACUUGUCCCCUUUUUUUUUUUUCGCAUUUCUCAAUCAAGUCCCGUUGUUCCAUUUGUAAGAAAAGUCCCGUUGUGUCUUUUGUUUCCGUGUAGUAUAUAUAUAUAUAUAUAUAAAUGGAUACGCCACCCAUGGAGUCGCGCGGCUGGCGCAAGGUUAUAAUUCAGUGGAUUCGCCAGUGCGAGUUCAUGGAUCAGAACUACAUUACUCUGGAGCAGUCGGAUAUCAAGGCGUUCUUUGUGAUCUAUAUGAGAAAGGCCCGGGCGGCGACAGCGGAGCAGGAGAAGAAGCAAAUGCUGCAGGCUCAGCCAAAGAAAAGCCGCUCCCUAAAGACAUUCAUCGAAGAAAACUACCCGGAGUUCAGUGUCCACCUUGAUAGCCAUGGAGAUGUGGCGAGCGCGGAUUAUUUGCUGGUUUACACGCUGCUCUUGCACUGCUCGUGCGUAAGGAAUCGCAUCUUAUAUUUUCACAACAUCUGUAAAAGUCUGCCGACACCGAUGCAAGCCGUUAUCGCCGCGUUCUUUGAGAGGGCAGUGGACCGGGAAUUGACGCGACAGUAUCUGCGAUUGACGAUCACUAAGGUGUCUGCCAUUUAUAAAAGCGGUGUCCAAAAUAGCCCAUGUAGCCCUCAAAGCCCAGAUCUAAACUGUGAUGCCACACCAAGCUCGUCCUCUUCUAUACCCGCUUCUCCACAGGAGCCGAGCAGUACGCCACAGUCGCGAUAUCGCGAGCUCGGAAGUCUUAAUGAUUCAGCCUGUGAAAUGCCAGCUCCGCCGACCCCAAAAGGCGAGCUUUUGGACCAACGUACACGGGAGCUGCGCAAUAUUCAGGCCGAGCUGGAGAUGGUGCGCUAUGAGAAGAUGAUGCUUGAGGAGCAGCAUAUUGAUAAAGACAAAACCAUUAAGGCCCUAGAAAAAGAAAAUAUGGAGGCCAGGACGGAAUUAACUAAACUGAAGGACGCAGUGAAUUCCGCAGAGGAGGACGAUGACAUAACGAACGGCACGCCAAAUACGUUUGAGCAUUUGAAACGGAGCCUUUUGAAGGAAAUUAGCGAAAAGGAUACGGCUAUACUGGAGAUUAACGAUAAGCUGCAGGAAGCGUACUCCGAAAAUAAGGAUCUAUCCCGUAAGCUCCAAGAAUGUAAGAAAACAGUGUUCAUGUACACGGAAUGCGUCCGCGGGCUUGAGGCGCGUGUGAAGGACUUGAACCACGAUAUCGCUGUUAGGGAGAAUAGAAUCGCUUGCUUGGAGCGCGACAAGCAAGAGAUCAAUCGAUGUCUUCAGGAGGCGCGUGAGGAGUUACAUAGUCGACGUGAGGUUCUAAACGCAUCUUCUGAUUUGCUAGACUGUUCAUUGUCCCCAAACACCACCCCAGAGAAUCUUGCCAGUUCUGUGAUUGACAAACAGUUGCGCGAGAAGGAACAUGAGAACGCUGAGCUUAAGGAAGUGCUGCUAAAGCAAAGCGAUUCCUUGCAUGAGCUGAACAAUGGUUUGGCCAGUUUUCUCCAAAAGCAUAACCUCAAUCAAAAUCUAUCUUCGGACAAUCAGACCUCUAGCUUUGAUGACCUUCUGCAGAAAUGCCAAACGCUAGCUCAAACUUUGGAAAGUCAGAAAGAACAACUGGGCGAAGCUAUGACCAAGAAUAAUGAGCUUGAGGAAGGCGCUGCGAAAGCAAGAAAAGAAAUAAACAAUUUGCGGGAUGAAUUUAAGCUUAAAAUUUCCGAAAACGAGCUGAAAAUUGAUUCUUUGGAAAUGGAGAAGUCUAAGCUAAGUGAAACGUGCAAUAAGCUUCAAUCGCUUGUAUCGGAAGGGAAUGAACAUCUUGACGGAAUAAAGCAGCAACUGGCCGAGAAGGAAAAACAAUUGAAAGAUUUGCAUACUGAAAUCCUAGAUCUGCGCGACAAGAACGAAUCCCUCGAAGGUAGGUUUAGGAUAAUUGAGGAGGAAAGAAGAAGAGAGGCAAGCGAGCAUCAGCACCAGCAGGAGUAUAUAAAAUCACAGCAUGCCCUGUGUCGAAGCCAGUUGGAGGACAGAAUUGUGGAUAUGAAUCAGAUGUUGAGCCAACUAAAUCAGUCAGACUGGAAGAGCACAGUUGAGCGCGUAAUCGAGAUUCAAGCUCAAAAUGAAGAUCUAAAGUUGGAGCUUUCGCAAAAGAUGGAGGACCUUAGGGAACUCCAUAAAUUGAACGAAAGUUCACAAAAGGAGCUCGAGAACCAGAUCCAGCUGACUGCAAAGACCGACGCUGAACUAGCCGAGAAAACUGUACAGCUGAGUAACUCAAAGCAGGAGAUCGAAAGUUUCCUUUCCCGUAUAAAUAGCCUGUUGAAGUCUGAAAGAUCCUCUGAAUCGGAGGAAGUUAAUCAGUUUGAGGAGGUUGAAUCGUUGAUUCAGCUGCAGAUUCAAACAGUCGACACUGUUGAGUUAAGAAUAAACAUUAUUCUUGAACGGCUGGGAGAUCUUCAGGAGCGCAAUGCUUCUCUUCAAUUAACUGUCAACGAGCUGCGUAUUUUAAUUGGUGAGAAUAAUGCCCAGAAUGAAACCCAUAGUAAACUGGUUGGGGAGUUAGAGAAAACUCUGGAAGAGGAGCGAUUGAAUUUGAAGGAAGUGUCGGAAAAUCUGAGUAAGGCUGAGAAGCAGAUAGAUGGUAACAAUUUGGAAGCUAUCAAAAUGAUUGCCACCAUUGAAUCUCGGCUUCCUAAAGAGGAGGGCUCUAUUUGUACUGAAUUGAACAAUCCCGAGCAGCUCUUCCAUUGGAUGAACAACUUCGUCAAGAUCUAUGACCAGAUGAAUGCGAGUCGCCAGACCCUGGAGAAUCAGAACCGUGAGCUCAAUGAGUCGUUUGAAAAGCUCAAGCAGAUUAAGGGUAGUCUGGAGCAAAAGCUGAAUGACCUACAAGAUGACGGGUCUGAUGAUCAAAAAGUCAAACAUCUGAUAGAGGAUAACCUUAAGCUGCAUAAGGUGCAAACGGAGAUGAGUGAAACUAUUAUUAAUAUCACCAAAGAGAUGCACAGUCGUGGGUCUAGAAUAGCCGAAAUGGAAAAUACAGAUAAGCAAAAGUCUGCCAAGCUAGACGAAUUGACAGAGGAACUUAAGGCUAGAGAUGACGAAAUUGCAAUGUUAAAAGAUACAAAUCAGGAACAGAUGAAUGUUCUUAACGAUAGCUGUAAUCAGCAACAUAAGGACGAUGAUGAAAAAGCAAACGGGACUGCGAACAAUGUUGAAGAAAUGUUGAAAAAAUUAGAUGAAGAGCACAAAGAACUUUUAAAAACUAUCGAAGACAAGUAUGAAAAGCGUUGCCAAGAUCUAGAAAAGAGCUGCCAAGAUCUAGAAAAGUGCCGCAAUGAUAUGGAAAAAAAAUUGGCGGAAAAGGAGGAGGAACAGUUAGUGUUAAAGAAUUUGAAAGCUGAAUGUAAACAGCGGUGUCAAGAUCUCGAGAAGCAGCUAUCGCAGAUAGAGUUCCAAUUGUCGGAGAAGGAGUUUGACAAGGACCACGAAAACGAAAUCAAGACAAUUCGAGAGCAAUUGGAAGAUUACCGCCUCCAGGACCAGCAGCAUCGCCAAACCAUUGCGAACCACAAUCUACUUCUGAAGGAGUGUGAAUCCGAUCUGAAAGAUGCACGCCUUAAUGAGCAACAGCUUCGCCAAACUAUUGAGACGCACAAGCAGCUACUGAAUGAUAUGGGCUCCAAUGAGGAAGAGCUACGUCUGCGUCAUGAACUCGAGAACGAACAAAAGCUUAGGGAUCAGCUCAAAGUAGAGUUGGCCAAGAAGGAGGAGGAGCUGCGUUCGAUUAUGACCGAAACCAAAACUCCAACGGUGGACGUCGUGUCAGAUGAGCUGCUCGACUUACAAACUAAGCUUCAGAAUGAACAAACACUUACGGAUCAGCUCCAAAAACAGCUAGUCCAGCAUCAGGAAGCCUUAAUAAAAGCUAAUGAGGAGGUCCUCAAUCUGCGCGCUACGCUUUUGGAUGAACAGAAACUUACAGAUGAGCUUACAUUAACAAAAGAACAACAAAAGGAGAUUAUAAAUGUCAGGGAACAACUAAUACAACUGCAAGAGUUUUAUGAUAGUUCCAAGAACGAGAUACUUAGUUUGCAAAAUAAACUUCUGAAUGAACAAAAACUUACAGAUGAGCUCAAAUUAGAGCUAGCAAAUCAACAGGAAGAGACUAGAAAGGCUAAGGAACAACUAGUUAGCUAUGAAAGUAGCUCGGCGAAACUCCAAGAGUUUAAUGAUAGCUCCAAGAACGAGCUACUUAGUUUGCAAAAUAAACUUUUGAAUGAACAAAAACUUACAGAUGAGCUCAAAUUAGAGCUAACUAAUCAACAGGAAGAGAAUAAAAAGGCUAAGGAACAACUAGUUAGCUAUGAAAGUAGCUCGGCGAAACUACAAGAGUUGCAUAACAGCUCUAAGAAAGAGCUUCUUAGUUUGGAGACUAAGAUUUUGGAUGAACAAAAACAUUCAGAUGAGCUUAAAUUAGAGCUGGAAAAGCAACAAGAAGAAACUAAAAAGGCUAAGGAACAACUAGUUAGCUAUGAAAGUCUUUCGUCGACACUAAAAGAGUUUAGUGAAAGCUCUAGAAACGAGCUACUUAAUUUGCAGACUAAGCUUCUGAAUAAACAAAAACUUACAGAUGAUCUCAAAUUGAAGCUAGAAAAUCAACAGGAAGAGACAAGAAAGACUAAAGAACAACUUGUUAGCUAUGAAAAUCGCAUGGCAGAACUACAAAAGUUAAAUGAUAGCUCUAAAAUCGAGAUACUUAGUUUGCAGACUAAGGUUCAGGAUGAACAGGAUCUUAUAAAUGACCUCAAAUUAAAACUAGAAAGUCAACAGGAAGAUUUGAAAAAGGCUAACGAACAGCUCGUAAGCUAUGUAAAUCUCAAGUCCGAAGUAGAUGGUCUGAAAGUUGCGCUUAACAGCAAAAUAAGUGAUAUAGAACGGCUCAAAAAAGAACAUCAUAAGGAACUGAGUGAACUAGACGGGUUGCGAACUAAGCUUUUGGAUGAAAGGAGACUUGCAAAUCAGUUCAAAGUUGAGCAACAAGAAAAGUUGGAUAAUGUCACGGCGCAACUAUCAAUUCGUACAAGUCAGUUAGCUGAUGCUCAGGCCAGAUGGGAGGAGGAGAAGCAGCAGGCGGCAAAGGAGCGUGAAAGCAACCUCAAGGAAAUAAAUAGACUGGAGUCGAAUAACAAAAACAGUGAAAUUCAAAUCGAAAAGUUAAAAUCAGAGCUCACUAAAGCAGAAACAUCGCACGACGAACUUCAUCUUGAGGUUGGUAGUGCUAACUUGGAGGCGAGACUACUAAAACAACAGCUGGAAAAGAGCUCUAAGAUGGUAACGGAUUUGCAAAACCGUUUGGAAACUGAGCGUUCCGAGGCAAAAGAAAAUUAUGAAUCGGUCUCAAACAGAUUGAUCGAAGUCGAAGAGCAGUCAAAGCAAAAUCUGUUGUCGGCGCUCACAGAACGCAAUAAGGCCCAGGAACAGGUAACGAAGUUGACCAGUCGGCUGGCCAAAUCUAAAAAAGAACAGAGGGAAAUGGUAUUAAAGAACGAUGCCUACCGUGCCGAAUCAAGCCAGCGACUUAGUUCCUACAAAGAACGCUUAGAAUCCAUGGAAGCAGAGCUUGCCGAAUGCCAGCAAGAACUAGCCGUGGCAAGAAAUGCCAACGAGAGCCAGGCUGAAACUGAUCUUGGCGCCACCUACAGCAGAGGUGACGGUGGUACCCAAUCGGAACAACAAAACGAAGUCUCACGCCAGCAGGAAGCACGAAUUCAAAAGCUUGAGCUAGACUGUCAGAUCCUGCAGGCCAAAUAUAUUGAAUCAAGGAAUGAGAAAGAUCGUAGUGAACAGCAGAUCAAGGAUCAGCGUCUAGAGAUGGAGGGCAAGUUGGACAAGAUGAAGGACAAGAUGCGUGUAUUGUAUACAACGGAGGUGACUCGCAUGAAGGAGAGGCAGGAACGGGAUGCAGCUAAAAGCGAAGCGGAACGGGAGGCACUCCAAGCCCAGAAUGCCAAAUUCGAAGAGCACGUACGCAAGCUGUCCAGUCAGAUUGUCCGUCUCAAUGAGAUCAUUUUGGAGCACAAAAAGCAGAAUGCCAUUAUGAGCACUCAGCUUAAACACCUGCAGCCUAGUAGCGAACCAAAGUCAUCCACCGCAACGAUAAUUGUUCCCUCCAGUAGUUCAUCGGCGACGAACGAAGAUUGGCAACCCUUUAAGCGGCCCAAUGCACCAUCCUCUAAUUUGGCAAUGGAAGAUGAGGAGGGUGAGGUCUUCAACAACACUUAUCUGACAGAUCUGAAAUUGGGACGCGUUCCUACGGAAAUGACGGCCGAGGAGCUAAUGUACCGGAACUCGUUGCAACCGCCACAUUUGAAGAGUGCAUAUGCGGCCCAGUACGAUCUGGGCAGCCAGGAUGAAGAUCUUAAAGACGGACCUCAUAGUCUGGAUGACAGCAUGAGUGCUUUGCUCAGCUCUUCGAGCACUGGAGCGCGGAAGAAGUCCAUGGGAACCCACUACAAGCGACCUGGGCCUCCAACACCUAGCAAGAAUGGCGGACGUUUGUCUUUCGGUAACUCAGAACCGCCGCGAGAGAUCCUGCGAGAGUUUGGUGAUCACAACAACACCUCUAAGACGCCAGCGCGAUUUAGGUUCUUGACGCAACGUUUUAGCGUUGGCAGUAGUGGCCUGCCCCGGGACGAGCUGCCGCGAAGUACGCGGCCGAAUCUUAUUACUGGUAUGCAGCGCCGUAGGUUGCGUCGGGCAGUUGGCUUGUUUUGUACAUCAACGCCCCGAAAGAGCCGUUCCUACUAUGAUCAGCAGCGUAUGAUCAAUGCCAGAAAUACGAAUUCAUCAAAGACAGAAGACGAGCAGUUGGAAGAUGUGGAGCAGUUAGAAGUGGCGGAACAAUUGGAAGAACAGGAGCAGUUGGAAGAUAAGGCAGAUCCGCAAGAGGAGGCCGACCAACAGGGCACUCCGCAUUUGACCAAUGAAGCGUUGCUGGCCUUAACUAAGGGCAAUACUCGCCGCCUAACUGGUCAAGCAAAAUUGCGGAAAGGUCGCGUUUCCCUUUGCCUUCACGGCAACAUCUUUGCCAAGAGUCGGCCGGCAGCGGCGUGCUUAAAGUUAAAGAUGUCUGGAUCAGCAGUUGUCGCAAAAAGGGAGAAGCAGAGCAGAAAGUUGCGCCAGGAGCGGAUGGGUCGCUUCGAUCUGGCCCGUCACCUAGAUCAGAUGUACCUUUCCAAUGCAACUCCAUCUCCGGAGUCCGCCGAGAAUAACAACUACAGUCUCCACAAUCGCAAUGAAGAUCCUCUGCCCAAUCAGCUUUUGAUGGGGAAGACAAUGGUGCUGAAGGGCAGGAGUCCAAGGACUCCGGCUGGAGCAGCCACAUUUAGGGUGGAGAAGCACUGCGAUUCGUUGCAGCUGCAACAGCAGUUUGAGUUAGAAAACAUGGCCACCUUUUCAAUGGAAGGUGGCCAGAGUGCAUUUGAGGAGACCCAGGAGGAUUGGCAAUUCGAAGAGCUGUGCAAGAAGACGGAGUCCUCGGCGCCAUUUAAGUUACGGUUGCUUGAUUACAAGCCUGCCGAAGAGCCUGCAGAACCAAAAUUACCGCCAUUGGUCGCUUCUUGUAGUAACAUCACUACUACGAGCUGCGCCACCAACAUAACAAGCGCCUCUUCUCGCAAGUCUUGUACCGUCUACUCGAUGGGCAGUGUUCAUAUGCAGCCAAUGCCGCAUGUCGAUAUCACUUAUGUCCAGCCAACGGAACGGAUUCUGCAGAAGCCCAUGCUCAACCGCUCACUGCUUGCUCGGUGCAGGCUACUCAUACGCCGCCUGAGUUCCAGUGAGCGGUUGAUUGUGGGAUUCCUUUUGCUGACCAUCGUGUGGAUGUGUUCGAUACUAGCGGACAGGAUGGUGCUGGCACUCACUGGCGUUUUAGCGGGAAUGGGACUGAUCCUUUUGAUCACAUCUUAAUAUUCCGGUCACUACAAAUUGGAAAUCGCACAAAUCUCGCUUAGCUUUAAUGUUCGUUAUGUGUACUUACGUCAUGUCAUCAUUGUCCAUUUACAGAACUCACCGCCCAAGCGACGUCUCAGCAGCAUGUUCAAGCGCAAGUAGGCGCGAUCGCAGUAUUAAUCGUUCAUUCCCCGUACACCUCAAGGGCGGAUCAAGACCGGAUCUCUUGGUAUACCGCAAAUUUACGGAUCAAACUUAACUUUUAAAUUCGUUUUUUGGAAUCUAUUAUUAUUAUUAUUUACGUUCGAUUUUUUUUUUUUCAUUCUCGGAUUGGAUUAAGUAUUGUAAUCGUAUGUUUAAAAUACCUAUAUGUUUCAAUGGUACAAAAUCAAGGCUAACAUAAGACAAAAAACUAAAAAAAUAAAAUUAUAUGUAUAUAUUCUUGCAAA